AUGACGACGCGUCAUGACGACCUGAAGGCCGCGGCUGCCGGUGGUGAAGCCUUGCUGGUUGCGCUUCUGUCUAUCCCGGUCGUUGUUCAUUUCUUCGCCAAGGCAAGACUGUUCAAAUCUAACGGCUAUACGACCAUCUCGGGCUUUUACGAGGAUCGCGAUGGAGAGGCUACCGAGAAGUCUACUCAUGAGUAUUCGGACCUGCUGCCUCGCGUGGGUGCAUGGCUGAGCUCGGCUCUUGGGCUGGCAGCCUCGAUCGUGGCAGGUGUAUUGUACCAUCAUGGAGGCUCAUCAUCUGGGUUCCUUAAUUUCCUGAGCAGAUGGGCAGAUGUGACUGCCUGGGGGUUCAUAUUCUUCCAAACCGUCUUUCUCCCGCGCAGAGUGCUGAUCCUCGCUUCUCUGGUCUACCGAAGCAAGUUUGGAUAUGUUCUCAGGGCUUCCGAACCCACGCGGCUUGCUCAAGGCAUCUCGUUCUCAUGGAACAGCUUCGUCUUUGAUAUCUCCAAGCAGCGACAGCUGGAGAUGGAAGAUCUUCCAAGGCUUGACUACCUUACCCGCUCACGCAAUCUACACGAUAUGUUCACCGCCCGCGACGGCAGUGGGAGACUUUGGUGGCGGCUACUCAAGUUCCACUGGAUUGAACUCGCUCAGCAAUGGUGCUUGGUCUUCAUUUCUGCCGUUCUUGCUCUGAUUCCAAACUACAUGAUGUACAACCUUCUAGGGCGACUGGAACAACCCAGCACGCCUGAUUCGAGCAUCGCGGAGACUUUGGCCUGGGCGCUCGCUCUGUGCCUCAGCCUUUCACUCGACAACAUAGUCGGUAGCCUUCUGAGCUGGUGGACGAAUAGCCGACUGGUCAUCCCUCUGGGGGCUGUGCUGCAAACUUUGGUGUUUGACAAGGCAAUGAAGGAGCACGAAACGGCCAUGCCACCCCCACGCACUCAGGACCAGGACGACCAAAAGGCUGAUUCGAAGGACAAGAGCGACAAGGGAGAUGCAGGACCAAAAGGGCAAGGGAAAGAGAAGAAGGACGAGGUCCGCCAAUCAGUGAUCAAUCACAUGAAACUCGACUCAGGCCGUGUCACCAUGUUCUGCAGCUUCAACUACUAUCUGCCUCUGGCUGUAGUCAAACUCAUUCUCGCUGGCGGCUUCCUCGUCACUAUUCUCGGCUGGAAAGCAGUCGUUGCUGGGCUUGGAUCCGCCGCGUUGGUGAUUCCUCUGAAUACCUGGAUGUCGAAGAAAUACGCCAAGAUCCAGUUUGGUCUCAUGAGAUACCGGGACGGCAAGGCCCAUCUCCUGACGGAGGCCCUGCAAGGAAUGCGGCAGAUUAAGUACUCGGCUCUCGAACAGCAUUGGGAAGACAAGAUCCUCAAGUCCCGAAACGAGGAGUUGGCACAGUAUUGGAAAGCCUCACUGUUCAUGUGCGGUGUCAUGCUCAUCAUGAAUCUUGGCCCCCUCCUUCUUGCGUGCGUGUCGCAGAGCGUGUACGCGUGGGAACAAGGUGGCAACAUCAAAGCCUCGGUCAUUUUCGCUUCACUCGGACUGUUUGAUCAGCUUGACGAAGCAACGGCACUGCUGCCCAUCCUCCAAGUCUACAUGAUGGAAGCCUGGACUUCGUGCGUUAGGCUCGAGAAAUACUUCUCACAGCCCGACAAGGCGCCUGUUGCUGUUUCUGGAGAGACCAUCGUUUUCGACAAUGCGACUGUCGCUUGGCCGAAGAAGGAGGACCCUGACGGAGCGCCUGAGACGACAGAAGAACGCUCUAUGCUGCGAGAUGUGUCGCUCAGCUUUCCCGAGGGAAAAUUCAGCAUCAUAGCUGGAAAGACGGGUUCGGGAAAGUCUCUCCUUUUAGCGGCGAUACUUGGCGAAGUCAAACUUCUUUCCGGGACUGUGAAGACCCCGACACCGCCCGCUGAGGAAGAGCUGGACGAAGCCAAGCCCAUCCCGCAAGAGGAGUGGCUCAUCCCGUCCCUGACCGCCUUCGUCUCCCAGACUCCUUGGAUAGAGACUGGAACCGUCAGAGAGAACAUCAUUUUCGGUCUUCCUUUCAUCGAGUCGCGCUACCAGGAUGUCCUGCGCGCCUGUUCCUUGGAGAAAGAUGUCGAGCUUCUUAUCGAUGGAGAUGAAACAGAGGUCGGGCCAAAGGGUGUGACGCUCAGCGGCGGUCAGAGAUGGCGUGUUGCCCUUGCUAGGGCUCUGUAUUCUCGCGCGGGUAUCAUGAUCUUGGAUGACGUCCUCUCUGCAGUGGAUGCUCAUGUCGGGCGAUGCAUAGUAGACCUCGCGCUGACGGGAGAGCUGGCAGAAGGGAGGACCAGGAUUCUGGCCACACACCACGCAGAGUUGUGCAUGCCGAAAGCCAGUUACCUCGUACGGCUCCAGGACGGCCGAGUAGAGAGCGCUGAGGCUAUCACGCCUACUGACACCACUAUCGCCUCCUCAAGCGGGUCAAAACGCUCUUCCAUCCACGACAUCAGCGAGACUCAGACCAUGAUCGAUGCUCAAGAGAGCCAGAUUUCCUCCGAGGAAACAACCGUUGUUGGGACAGAACAACCCAAUGGAAACAAGCAGAAGUCGAGCAAGGAAGACGAGGAAAAGCGCGAGACUGGUCGCGUCAAAUGGAAGGUGUACAUGACAUACCUCCAAGCCAGUAGAGCACCGAUACUUUGGUUCUUCGUCAUCUUCUUCAUUGUGUCCGGCGGACUCGCUAGUAUCGGUCGUGUCUGGAGUUUUAAGAAACUCACAGAUGGGUCGUCCGCUGAGGAGACGAGUAACUUCUCGGCUACAUUCAACCGUUACGACAACUCGAGAGUCUUCCUGCAGGAUCCCCAGAAGGGCAUGCUAUACUCCGAGGUGGUACCACAUAGCAUACACACAGCUGCGGAGGGCCACUCCAUCUGGUUUUGGAUUGGGAUGAGUGUGGUGUUCUAUGUGUUGAUGGUCGUGCUUCAGGUUGCUCGGAGCAUCACAAUGACAGCAAUUGGGCUUCGAACCUCUCGGGUCCUAUUCGAGAGGAUGACCCAUGCUAUCCUUCGAGCGCCGCUCCGCUGGGCCGACAGUGUCCCAGCUGGCAGAAUCUUGAACCGCUUCACGUCUGAUGCUUUCAUGGUCGACAGGCGCCUGCCCGGUGAUCUGGCCAACUUUUUGCACAGCAGCUUCUCGCUCGUCGUUACUAUCGCGGCUAGCUUGUCUGUGUCUCUUUGGGUGAUCUUUGCAGGCAUUCUCCUCAUGUUUGUCUACGCCCGGGUUGCGAGCAAGUACAUUAAUGUUGCCCGCGAGGUGAAGAGACUCAAUUCCAUCUCUCACUCCCCGAUCUACGACCAAUUUGGCUCUGUCCUGUCAGGUCUCUCAACAAUCCGCGCCUUCCAUCGCACGAACUUUUACAUGGAUCGGAUGUACUCGUGGAGGCUGACUGCGCUGCUCUCAAGCAUGACGUCCCUGGAACUAAGCUUCAACGCAGCUGAGCGUGUUAUUGAAUACUCUGAGAUCGAGACUGAGCCAGAGGAUGGGAAGGACGCACCUGCCGCAUGGCCAGCCGAGGGCAGAAUUGAGGUUGAGAAGCUGUCCGUCGCUUACAAGGACAGCCUUCCACCUGUAUUGAAGAACCUCAACUUCGUGGUCAAGCCAGGUGAACGCAUCGGCAUUGUUGGAAGGACCGGCGCCGGAAAGUCGACCUUGGCGUCUGUCUUCUUCCGCCUACUCAAGCCGCGAGAGGGCUCUGUUGUCAUCGACGGCAUCGACAUCGCAGACCUGAAGCUUACGCAGCUGCGCAGCCGGCUUGCAAUCAUUCCUCAGGAUCCCUUCCUCUUUUCAGGAUCAUUAAGAUCCAAUCUUGACAUGGACGACACAAAGGAGGACUAUGAGCUCCAGACGACAUUGCAGAGCGUCCACCUCGCCAGGCCGCAGCCAGUCAAUACUGAGAGGCCUUCGCAGUACCCAGUGGUGUCCACUCACGAGGAGACGGUCGUCUCAACCACAGAGGCCAUUCCAGAACCACCAAACCAUGAGACCCCAGUCACUGGUGCCGCAGUCGAGAAUGCCGACGGGGCGCCCUCUACAGCCGUCGUCACCACUACAGAGACGGAGUCCUCUGACAGUACCGACAUCUUCAACAACCUAUCCAUGGAUAUCAGCACUGGAGGUGGCAAUCUCUCCCAGGGGCAACGUCAGCUUGUGUGCCUCGCGCGAGCUCUUCUCGCCCGCCCCAAGAUAGUGGUCAUGGACGAAGCCACAUCGGCCGUCGACCGGGCCACAGAUGCCGCGAUCCAGUCCAGCCUUCGGGACGCCUUCGCUGCCGCCGGCUGCACCGUGUUGGUGAUUGCCCAUCGUCUGAGCACUGUUGCGGACUUUGACAAGAUCCUGGUCCUGGAGAAGGGCCGGAUGGCGGAGAUGGGGUCUCCGAGGGAGCUGCUCGAACAGGGGAUGAAGAGAGACGAGCAGAAGAAGCCCGAGGAUGCCGGGGAGGGCAAUGGAACAGGGAAACAAAAUGGUGACGGUGAGACCGGGCCAGAUGAGGCCGAGGAUGGCACGGGGGCAUUCUGGGACUUGGUCCAGAGCAGUGCGGAGAAGGACAAGCUGGUUGAGAUGAUUGGGCAAUGGGGAUGCUGA